CCAGGGCCGCAACCACAGCCGCAGGGACGGCAGCCGGGAGAGCCACCGCGCAUUAUGCAAAGCGGCAGCAGAUGUGAGCGGGGCCAGCUGGGCGCUCCUCGGCCUCCCCUCCCAACGGCCGACCCAGCUGCCUGAAUUGUCCCGACACUCCCCUGGCCCUGGCCAGGGCCGACAUGGCCUGAGUACCCCCAGGCGCGGCGGCGCAGUAGCGGGGUUGAAACAUGGGGAACCAGGAUGGGAAGCUGAAGAGGAGCGCAGGUGAUGCCUCCCACGAAGGCGGCGGCGGCGGAGCGGAGGAUGCCGCGGGGCCCAGGGAUGCGGAAACCACAAAGAAGGCGAGCGGGAGCAAAAAGGCGCUCGGCAAGCACGGCAAGGGGGGAGGGGGCAGCGGGGAGAGCAGCAAGAAGAAGAGCAAGUCGGAUUCUAGAGCCUCGGUGUUUUCCAACCUGCGAAUCAGAAAGAACCUGACCAAAGGGAAAGGUGCCGGCGACUCGCGGGAAGAUGUGCUGGACUCUCAGGCCCUGCCGGUCGGGGAGCUGGACAGCGCUCACUCCAUAGUCACCAAGACCCCGGACCUCAGCCUCUCUGCUGAGGAGACGGGCCUAUCGGAUACCGAAUGUGCCGACCCUUUCGAGGUGAUCCAUCCAGGUGGCCCUAGGCCUGCCGAGGCUGGGGUAGGGAUCCAGGCGCCUGCGGAGGAUUUGGAAACUGCGGCAGGAGCGCAAGAUGGACAAAGGACCAGUUCUGGUUCGGACACGGACAUCUAUAGCUUCCACUCCGCUACGGAGCAGGAGGAUUUGCUCUCAGACAUCCAGCAGGCAAUUCGCCUGCAGCAACAGCAGCAGCAACAGCAGCAGAAACUGCUGCUCCAGGACUCCGAGGAGCCUGCAGCGCCCCCCACUGCCAUCUCCCCUCAACCUGGGGCCUUUCUGGGCCUGGACCAGUUCUUGCUGGGACCUAGUAGCGAGGCUGGAAAGGACGCGGAUCAGACACAACCGGUGAGAUCCGACUUGCCUCAGACCACCAAGUCCCCAGUGACUGAGCAUCCUCCCUCCUCUGGAGGCCACUUGGCCUCUGAGACUCCCGGCUAUGCGACCGCCCACUCCGCAGGCACAGACUCUCUCUCAUCUCCAGCCUUCACAUUUCCUGAACCUGAGUCAAGGGAGGGCGCAACCGGAGCCCCAGCUCCCGAAGCUGGGGACACAGAUGAGGAGUGCGAGGAAGAUGCUUUUGAGGAUGCCCCCCGAGGCUCUCCAGAGGAGGAAUGGAUUCCAGAGGAGGGCGAAUCUUCACAGAGGCCGGAGGAAGAGCCGGAGGAGGGGAUGCGAGGGCCCAGUGUCUCGGCAGUAGCUUCUUUGCCUGGCAGCCCUGCGCCCAGCCCACGAUGCUUCAAACCUUACCCACUCAUCACCCCCUGCUACAUCAAGACCACCACUCGGCAGCUCAGCUCUCCCAAUCACUCCCCGUCCCAGUCCCCCAACCAGAGUCCUAGGAUCAAGAAGCGACCGGAGCCUUCCGUGAGUCGGAGCCCCAGAACUGCCUUGGCCUCUGCUGCGGCUCCGGCAAAGAAGCACCGGUUGGAAGGCAGCCUCACCGGCGGCCUUAGCCGCUCAGCCGACUGGACAGAGGAGCUAGGCGUCCGGACGCCCGGGGCAGGAGGCUCUGUGCACCUGCUGGGGCGCGGGGCUACUGCGGAUGAGAGUGGUGGCGGGUCCCCUGUGCUGACCGCCAAAGCACCCGGGGCUGCAGCGACAGCUGAUGGCUUUCAGAAUGUGUUCACAGGGCGGACUCUGUUGGAGAAGCUCUUCAGCCAGCAGGAGAACGGGCCUCCGGAAGAAGCCGAGAAAUUCUGCUCGCGGAUCAUCGCCAUGGGCCUUCUGCUCCCUUUUAGUGACUGCUUCAGGGAACCAUGUAAUCAGAACGCUGGGUCGAGUUCAGCUCCCUUUGAUCAAGACCAGCUUUACACCUGGGCUGCAGUUAGUCAACCCACGCAUUCCAUGGACUACAACGAAGGGCGGUUUCCCAGGAGAGAACCAUCCAGGCUUCCUGAUGAAGAGCACAGCCCCAAGGAUGUUGAUGCAGAACCUCAAUCCUCUAUUUUGGAAAGCCCGAAAAAAUGUCCAAACGGUGUCCAGCAGGUUGUCAAGUUGCUUAGCAACAAACGAUCACAGGCAGUAGGAAUUCUAAUGUCUAGUCUUCAUUUAGAUAUGAAAGACAUACAACAUGCUGUUGUGAACUUGGACAAUUCUGUGGUUGACCUCGAGACCCUUCAAGCUCUGUACGAGAAUAGAGCACAGUCAGAUGAACUGGAAAAAAUUGAAAAGCACAGUCGAUCAUCCAAGGACAAGGAAAAUGCCAAGUCUCUGGACAAGCCUGAACAGUUCCUGUACGAGCUGUCUCUCAUCCCCAACUUCUCAGAGCGAGUCUUCUGCAUCCUGUUCCAGUCAACGUUUUCAGAGAGCAUUUCUUCAAUUCGUCGUAAACUGGAAUUGCUCCAGAAAUUGUGUGAGACAUUAAAAAAUGGACCAGGGGUCAUGCAAGUCCUGGGUUUGGUUUUAGCCUUUGGGAACUACAUGAAUGCUGGGAACAAGACUCGAGGACAGGCAGAUGGCUUCGGACUAGACAUUCUGCCAAAACUAAAGGAUGUCAAAAGCAGCGACAACAGCAGAAGCCUUUUGUCGUAUAUUGUCUCAUAUUAUCUUCGAAAUUUUGAUGAGGAUGCUGGCAAGGAACAGUGUGUCUUCCCUCUGGCAGAGCCCCAGGAGCUGUUCCAGGCCUCGCAGAUGAAAUUUGAAGACUUCCAGAAAGAUCUCAGAAAACUAAAGAAAGACCUGAAAGCCUGUGAGGUGGAAGCAGGUAAAGUGUACCAGGUCUCCUCGGAGGAGCACAUGCAGCCGUUCAAGGAGAGUAUGGAGCAGUUCAUUAGUCAAGCUAAAAUUGACCAAGAAUCACAAGAGACUGCCCUGACAGAGACUCAUAAAUGCUUUUUGGAGACCACAGCCUACUACUUCAUGAAACCAAAAAUUGGAGAGAAGGAGGUGUCCCCAAAUGUUUUCUUCAGUGUCUGGCAUGAGUUCAGCUCUGACUUUAAAGACUCUUGGAAAAAGGAGAACAAACUGAUUCUGCAAGAGAGAGUUAAAGAAGCUGAGGAAGUGUGUAGACAGAAGAAAGGAAAAGCACUCUACAAAGUAAAACCAAGACACGACUCUGGGAUUAAAGCAAAGAUAAGCAUGAAAACCUGAGCUAGAACAGCAGAACAAAGCAAGUCAUCGAAACGACAUCCACAGCAUCCACGUGACCCGAGCAGGAAACGAGGCUACACCAUUCUGAUCACUGUUCCACGGAGACUCUUGCAUAAUCUUCCAUGUUUUCUAGAACGUUUACUGAUUGUCGAAUCUUUCUGUAUGUUAUUUUAAAAUUGCAAAAACAGUAGACCUGUGGAGAAUUGGAACCCUUUUCUUUUUGUAAACGCUCCGGAGUUAUCCCAGGAGACCGAAGCAGCACGUCUAGGAAGCACUAACUCUGAACACACUAAACCUUAACUUAUGGUUCCCUUUUGUGAGGUUCUCUCCCUUGUCACAACAAAAGCAUCUUCCCUUCUACUGAAACCAGAACUCCAUGUCGCUGUGACUAGACUUGUGGGUGAAUGUUAUUCCUGCUGAAGUCUUUAUAGCUACUUCACUUCUCCUUACACAGUUUCUAUUUUGAGAAGUAAGUAGUAAGUGUGUCCUGACCUGUGCUGUCCCCACUCUGAAGUUGCUCUCUUUGUCCCUUAAGACCCUCUGAAAAACUGGUCUGCAGCAGAGGUAAAUGAAAUCAAAAGACAUUCCUUUGUAUCUUACACUAUGAUACUUCACACACACACACACACACACACACACACACACACACACACACAAGAAAUUUGAAUAAGUCAAGCUCAUGAAAUUGUAAGAUUUAUUUUUUGAUAACUAUCAUAAAUAAUAGAUGAAUCAAAUCUAUCUGAACCUUGUUAAGUGAAAUGCCUGCCUGAGUAUUUUGACAUGAUUUCUGUGACCAUGUAUUACAUCAGGUGAUUUACAGCUGGGAGGUAGGGAUGCAUCAUACUGCAUCCAAAGGGUUCUAGGGAAGGAUUCUACUCACUCUGCUGUCAGGGAAAACAGGUGAGUUUCCCAUUCUUUCGGAGCAGAUUUUGAAGUCAACUUAUAAUACAUUAAGAGAGUUUUGUAUAACAGUAAUAGUUGUUCUUUUAAAUUGCUGCUAAUAAUAUUGGUUGAAAGUUAUGGAUGUAGAAAGGGGGAAAAUUUAUUGCUACUGCAAACCAGUUAUGAACAGCAACUUGAAGAGAUAAAUAAUGUUCUAAAUCAUAGCUAUACUUGUAUUUAUGUAAAGUACGACCUCUUUCCUUUUACUUUGUAUUUGACGUGCAAAGGAGCAGUAGUGUUUUCUUUCCUUCUGUUGAUGUUUUGUAAUUCUCCUAUCUCUCAGUCCUUCCCAUGUGUAUAUCACCACUCUUCAAUGAAGUAAUAGGGCAUUUAACAAAGAUCGCUAUGUGCAAUACUGUAUUUUAGUGUUUCUAUUUCAAUUUUUUAGAAUGUUAAUUUAUAUGAAAAUAAAAUAAAUAAUAGAAUAUUUCUGCGUCA